CGUAUGUAUGAAUUUCAUAGUGUUCGCAGGUUACAAUAAAUCAGACAAUUUUUCAAUUAAAGUUGAAUUAAGAUUGAAAUCGUAGUGUAGUGCGCAAAGACCAUUAAUCGUGAGAUACGGAAUCGAGAACUAUUUAAUGGAUCCGACUAUCGGUUGGUAUCAACCGGAGCAGUUCGGCCCCGCUAAGGAUUUGUGGUUGCACAUUUGGGAAGCUGAGAAAGGUCUUGAUAUCUUAACGUUGAAGAAUGACUCGUCUUCAAAUGUGAUGGGUCUGAAGCUUCAACAAGACUUCAUAGCAUUGGAUACUCUCAAUUCUCGUACGGUAGACCGAAUGCAACAUAACACUUGCAAUAGCUAUUAUAAUCCAUCGCGUAGGAAAGGUGAUAAUCGUGCUAGUACCUACGGCAUGAACUACAAUUACGAUGCCUUAGUCGGAGAAUACGGCGGCUGUCCGUGGCGUGUGCCCAAUAAACAUUAUUCGAAAGGAGUUAUUGGGUUACACGAAGAAAUUGAAGAUUUUUUUGCUUAUAUGUGUCCCUCUAAUGAAGAACAUAGCUUACGAAUGCGUGUUGUCAAAAGGAUAGAACAAGUAAUAUAUGAUCUCUGGCCAGAUUCUAAGGUUGAAAUAUUUGGCAGCUUUCGCACUGGUUUAUAUUUACCUACAAGUGAUAUAGAUUUAGUAGUAAUAGGAAUGUGGAUGAAUCUUCCAUUACGUACUUUGGAACGUGCUUUAUUGGAUCAAAAUAUUGCAGAACCAUCUUCUAUUAAAGUUUUGGAUAAAGCUAGUGUACCCAUUGUCAAGUUAACCGAUAAAGAAACUGAAAUUAAAGUAGACAUCAGUUUUAAUAUGAAUAAUGGUGUUAAAUCUGCAGAUUUGAUCAAUUCUUUUAAGAAGCGGUACCCAGUGCUGGAGAAGCUAGUUAUGGUAUUAAAGCAAUUCUUGUUACAAAGAGACCUGAAUGAAGUUUUUACCGGUGGAAUUUCCUCAUACAGUUUAAUACUUAUGACUAUCAGUUUUUUACAGUUACAUCCCAGGCAAAAUGCUUAUUGUUCAAGUGCUAAUCUUGGGGUGUUACUAAUAGAAUUUUUGGAACUAUAUGGUAGGAAGUUUAAUUAUGUUAAAACAGGAAUUCGUGUAAAAGAUGGCGGUACUUACAUAUCGAAGGAAGAGGUUCAACGAGAUAUGAUAGAUGGCCAUCGACCUUCUUUAUUGUGCAUAGAAGAUCCACUUACGCCUGGAAAUGAUAUCGGCCGCAGUAGUUAUGGUGCACUGUACGUAAAAGAUGCAUUUGAUUGGGCUUAUUAUGUCCUUUCACAAGCAGUUAGUCCUUUAAAUAUUUUAGUUAACGAUGCAAAUAAAGUAAGUAUACUAGGGAGAAUAAUUCGCGUGACAGAUGAAGUAAUAGAAUAUCGUAAGUGGAUUAAGGAAACAUUCCCGCUACCUUUAAGCGAGGUAGAUUCACUGUCAAGUUCAACUGGAUCUGAUGCAUCAACCCUUUCCGCUCCAGCUAGUGAUACGGAUUCUGAAUGUAGCCGCGGUAAUUCUCCUAACACUGGUGGUAAAGAUGAAGACAGGAAUAAAGAAAGACAUGUAUAUAAUAAUCAACAUACUCAUCAUCAUUUACAGUGGAAAAAGCCAUUUAAAGGAACUGGUAAUCACCAUCACAGUUCCAGAGGAAAUUAUCAUCGCGGAAUAAACAAUAAUAUAAGUGGACAAAGUAAAGCGAAACAUUCUCUUCAUAGUAACGGAAGCAAUAACAAUAGUCACAGUCCAAGUUCAAGGCCACAAACAGUAAAACGAAAAAAACAGUGCAUUACACCUCGUGAUUGUGUACGGUGAUGAAACGUGCAAAAUAAUGUUGGACUUUGUUUAUUAUUUAAGUAGCGAGCUCAGUAUCAUAAUCGUGUGGUGAAAAGACAUUAAUUAACUUUCAUCGCACAUCUAAAUUAUCCUUUCCACUUUAGUGUACAGAGGGGCUCAAUGUCUAUAACGAAGAAGAGUUGAUAAACUCUAACGUUUCUUUUCUUUUUCAUAGGGACGAGUAAGUGCCCCGAAUGUAGUUAAGUUCUUCAUUUCACCAAAAACAUUUUUGUGUUCUGUACGGAAGUUUACAUACCAAAGACGUACAGAAUUGUAAUAUAGAUUGGUUUAGUUUCUACUUCAUCUUUGCAUUACUGCACAUAUUACAAACAACGUUAACAAAAUUGUAUAAUAUUUUAUUAAUUAUUCUUUAUAAAAUUACAAGCUUAUUGCAAUUUUUGAAUAGCAAUUGUGUUCAUAAACAUGAUAAACUCAUUGUAAUACAUUUAUAUAAUACGAACGAUAUAUACAAAGAUUAUUUACAGUGCAGUUUUCUUAAAGAUUUCAUGAAGCUGUAAAACAAGCUCUAAUAAUGAUGAUAAAGACUUAGUUUUCUAUAUGGAACUAUAUUCUUAUAACAAAGGGAUGACAGAAAAAUUGGUGAUAUUGGGACUUACCUAUUGUAAAUAUUGUAAUAUACAUUAUCAAACAUAGAAAAAUAAGUCUAAGAGUUACCUACUGAAUUUUUUUAUUUUGUACGUACCUACAAUAGUGUUUAUUACAAUAAUUUUAUCAUUUUAAGUCAUGGAUAUGCCUAUGACUAUGUGAGAAUUAUCUAUUUUUUCUGUAAUAUGUAAGUCCAGUAUUGUUGUGAAAAUGUUUUGGUAUACUUUUCGGAUUUAAAUAAAAUUAUAAGUGUGCUGGUGAUCAACAAAUUUUGAAUAAAAA